AUGGAUCGGGGGGAGGGUCGAAAAGGAAUGGCAGCACUGGAGAGGAGGAAAAUGCAUUUACCAUUAUUAAUUUGGAUUCUGCACCUAAUACACUUUUCAAAAAGUCAGGAUACCACAAAUGUGCUGCGACGCAGGCGUAGCUCUUCGGUGAGCAGCUCGUGUCAGGCAGGUUGUGCGGCAUGCUCGGCCCUGAACGGCUGUCUGUCCUGUAAACCUCGCUUCUUCUUCCACCUGGAGCUGAACGGGAUGCGGCAGAGGGGGGCCUGCCUGUCCUCGUGUCCCCGAGGUCACUACGGCACGCGCUCACCACACAUCAGCACCUGCAACAGGUGCAAGGCCGACUGUGCUUCCUGCUUCAGUGAGAACUUCUGCACACGUUGUCAUCCAGGUCACUUCCUGUUCAGAGGCAAAUGUGAACGCACCUGUCCACAGGAGCUCACUGCAAACACAGCACUGCGAGAAUGCACAGAGUGCCCUCCAGGCUGCGAACUGUGUGUGAGUAGGAACAUGUGCGUGAGGUGCAGAGCAGAUCUCUUCUCUCUUCAUGGCCGCUGCCACCUUACCUGCCCGCAGGGAUUUGAGCCUGACAUACAGCUGAUGCAGUGCACUCCCCAAACUCACUGUGAGGUUGGGGAAUGGACACGUUGGGGUCCAUGUGUUCGGAAACAGAAUGUGCGGGCAUACCGGAGAGGAGAGAAGACACGCACCCGGCCAGUCCUGAGCUUUCCAAGUGUAUACGGUGACCCCUGCCCACAUGUGUCAGAGAUCAGGAAGUGUACCAUCAAAAAGAGUCUGAGUAGCAAGCGCAUCCUCCUCUGUCACACCAACCCUCUGCAUGUCUUCCUUCACUGCAUCCAUGAAUCUUCUCUGAGGUCUUCCUCUUUUCCUCCUGCCUGACAGCUCCAUAUUCAGCAUCCUUUGUCCUGUAAAUCCACUAUGAUGCU